GCUUGGCGAACAAGUUUAGACUUCUGUUGGGAGCCGUGCGGGACAGAGCUGUACUGAGCCUAGAGAAACCUGAAGCACCUGCACUCUGUUGCCUCUUUGGGAACAACUUUUUUUUUUCCCAAUCGUAUGAGACUGGUCAGUAUCUCUACCUCUUUGACUUCUGGCGCUGCUUAGUGAACUUUAACUUUUUUUUUUCUGUGCCUGUGAGUGAACACUUUUGAGAGAAUGUAUAACAUGAUGGAAACCGAGCUCAAGACCCCGCUCCCGCAGUCCAAUUCGGGCUCGGCGCCGGGCGCAAAGAACAACAGUGCCAACGACGCAGAGCGCGUAAAGCGUCCGAUGAAUGCCUUCAUGGUGUGGUCCAGGGGACAGCGGAGGAAGAUGGCGCAAGAAAACCCCAAAAUGCACAACUCUGAGAUCAGCAAGCGGCUCGGUGCGGACUGGAAACUUCUGACCGACGCUGAGAAGAGACCGUUUAUCGACGAGGCCAAGCGUCUGCGUGCCAUGCACAUGAAGGAGCACCCGGAUUAUAAGUACCGUCCCCGCAGGAAGACCAAGACCUUGCUCAAGAAAGACAAGUACUCUUUGCCGGGGGGUCUGCUUGCGCCUGGAUCCAACGUCGUCAACAACUCAGUGUCUGUGGGGCAGAGGAUGGACGGUUACGCGCACAUGAACGGCUGGACGAACAGCGCGUACUCCCUCAUGCAGGACCAGUUGGCUUACCCGCAGCAUCACAGCAUGAACAGCCCGCAGAUCCAGCAGAUGCACCGGUACGAGAUGGCUGGGCUCCAGUACCCCAUGAUGUCCUCAGCGCAGACCUACAUGAACGCAGCCUCCACGUACAGCAUGUCCCCGGCGUACACACAGCAGACCUCCAGUGCCAUGGGACUCAGCUCCAUGGCGUCUGUUUGCAAGACCGAGCCCAGUUCCCCCCCGCCGGCCAUCACGUCCCACUCUCAGCGGGCGUGUUUGGGGGACCUGAGGGAUAUGAUAAGCAUGUACCUGCCUCCCGGCGGGGACAGCGCGGAGCACUCCUCCCUGCAGAGCAGCCGGUUACACAGCGUCCACCCGCACUACCAGAGCGCAGGGACGGGCGUCAACGGCACGCUACCCCUUACACACAUCUGAGAGACAAAAAACAGACUCUUAAAAACUUUAAAAAAAAAAGUACUUCGGAUACUUGAACUUUUUUGGUUGCUGUAGAUACAACGUUCAACAGUUUGUUUUGUUCAGAAACAGUUUAAUCUUUGUUGUCCAUUUUGAAAAAAAUGACGUAGAAAUGGACCAGAGAGUGAGCGUUGAGCCCGUCAGAGUAAAGAGGCGUUUUAUCAUAAGUAUAAAGCAAUCAGACAUAUGUAGAAGAAUUUGACUUCUAUAUUUUAAUGAAUGCCAUAUUUUCUCUCCAUGAAAAGGCAUGUGGCCUCGUUCAGAGAGGCUGGCGUAUUUCAGAAAAGCUGGAUGGAAAAAAAGUUGCUUCAUAAAUGUUUACACUUAAUUUUUAGAAUGUCAGUUGUCUUGACUUUGUCCAAAUUUCUGUAGUCUUCUCGGUUUUUUUUUCUCCUCCUCCUCCUCCUCUUCCUCAUGACAUUUAGGUUACAAUGGAACGUUAAGACUGUGCGGGUCGCAAACGCAAGUUUUAUUUAUAGUAAGAUUGUUUUCUUUUUAGCUUGUGAGCCCGAUGUUUUGUCACGUGAAAAAUGUUCAAUUUUUGUUUUGUAAAAUGUUAUUUUCUGUGAUGGUUCUGACAGUGUCAUGUUUACUCAUUCUCCUGAACGAAAAAAAAGGUUUAUUUAAACUGACGUUUCUACAUAUUUUAAGACCAUCCUCUAUUCUUAAAUGCUGAAUAAAUUUGUACAAAACAUGA